CAGACCGUUAGCUAUGUGAACACCCUGGAUUAGAGUCUCAUAGUCACAGUUAUUACCAUCCAAAUUCGGAUGUCAAUAAACUCUAAAUAAAGGAUUGUUUACGAUGACUUCGUCGGAAGAAACAGACCGCGAGAGCGAGCCAUUGCUCGAUUCAGAGUCUUCCUUAGUGGACGAAGAGUCAAGUCCACUUCUAUCCCAAAAUGGGACAUUAGAUCCCGGCAAGCAGACUGACGGCUCGAAUCCCCGACGCUCAACACACGUUCUAUUCCGGAUCGGAGCUGCUAUGUUCUCUUUCAUAGUGUUAGGGAUGAUGGUCUCAACGCUCGGUGUCAUGGUCCCGCAAUUCGAAACCUACUAUAGCUUAUCAGACCUCCAAGUAUCCUCCAUAUUCCUCGUAUGGCCAGUAGGAUAUAUUCUGGCUGCCUACCUCAACGGCGUCAUUCAUGUCAAAUUCGGGCAGCGCGGCAUUGCUACUAUUGGUCCACUCUUUCAUAUCAUCCUAGCCAACAUCGCGUCUUUGCAUCCCCCAUUCCCGGUACUGCUUGUUGGCCUAGCUAUCGGCUCGCUUGGCACAGGAGUUCUUGAUGGCUCAUUCUGUGCUUGGGCCGGAGGUAUGGGGAACGCCAACGUCGUACAAGGCUUUUUACACGGUUCUUUCUCUGCUGGGGCAGCCUUGGGUCCGUUUCUCGCUGGUACUAUGCUCUCAGUUGGGCAUACACCGUGGUAUUCAUGGUACUACGUCCUCUUCGGCGCCUCCAUCCUCGAAGCCAUAACCCUAACCCUAGCCUUCCGCUUCGAAGACUCAGCCAAAUACCACUUAACCCACAAGCAACUCCCCCUCCCCCAACCGCCUCCCGAAACCAAAACCUCCAUCUUCACCCACCCCGUAACCUGGCUCUGCGCAAUCUACUUCCUCGCCUGCGUCAGCACCGAAAGCGCGAUAUCCGGCUGGGUCGUAGUCUUCAUGACGCGCGUGAACCGAGCCUCACCCUACCUAUCCAGCCUCUCAUCUUCCAUGUUCUGGAUCGGACAAGCAACAGGCCGUCUAGCGCUCGGCCCCGUGACGAAUAAACUCGGUGUCCGGACCGCUACGAUUAUAUACCUUAUUACCGCUCUCGCGUGUGAAGCCCUCUUUGCAUCAAUCCGCGUCCCAGCUAUAGCAGCCAUCCUUAUCGCAUUACUGGGUUUCUGCCUCGGCCCGUUAUUUCCAGCCGGCGUCGUCGCAGUCACACGCCUACUACCGCGGGAGUUACACGUGGGCGCUAUUUCGUUCGUAGUCUUGGUUGGCCAACUCGGCGGGGCUUUAUUGCCUUUCGCUCUCGGAGCUUUGGCUGACAUCCUUAGCAUUCGAGUUUUCCAAGUCGUCAUUUUCGUACAGUUACUCUCGACCCUUCUUAUAUGGCUUGCGUUUCCAAGAUUGCCGCUAGACAGCGUUCAUCGCGGGGAACAAAGAAGAGAAGCAGUUCAAUAGUAUACCCUUGGUUUGAGCUUAUGAAUAGAAACACCUCACACGGAAAUAUUCGAAUUGUCCGAGAAGUUCCCUCGAGCACGCGAAUGCCGUAGGAGCUAUUCUAUGAAUAAAUCGCUAUUGACAACACUUCGAUAAGAGUAUCUAGCAACUCGAUUAUA